GUCCCACAACAAUGGCCACCAGCUAUUUGUAAUUUUGACAGCGUGUCAGAAUUGGACAACAGAAGUUUUUCAUUAAACGGUUCAGUUUGUUAGGAUAUUAUUAAUUUUGUGUUAUUUAAAAAUGUCAGCUGGGCCGUAUAAUUAUUCCUACAUAUUUAAAUAUAUCAUUAUCGGUGAUAUGGGUGUUGGAAAAUCAUGUCUGCUUCACCAGUUCACAGAGAAAAAGUUCAUGGCCGAUUGCCCUCACACAAUAGGAGUUGAAUUUGGUACGAGGAUCAUAGAAGUAUCCGGGCAGAAAAUCAAACUGCAAAUAUGGGACACCGCAGGUCAGGAAAGGUUUAGGGCCGUGACUCGUUCCUACUAUCGCGGUGCUGCGGGAGCUUUAAUGGUUUAUGACAUUACCAGGCGGUCUACGUACAACCAUCUCAGUAGUUGGUUGACGGACACCAGGAACUUGACCAAUCCGAGCACCGUUAUUUUCCUUAUCGGGAACAAGUGUGAUUUAGAGGGUCAGAGGGACGUGACGUACGAAGAAGCGAGUAAGUUCGCCGAAGAGAACGGCCUAAUGUUUGUGGAGGCUAGCGCAAAAACGGGUGACAAUGUGGAGGAGGCGUUCCUCGAGACGGCCAAGAAGAUCUACCAGAGCAUCCAGGACGGCCGUCUGGACCUGAACGCCGCCGAAUCGGGGGUACAGCACAAGCCCUCCCAGCCGGGCCGCAACAACCUCUCCGGCGACCAGCAAGCCAACAAAGACAAUUGCGCCUGCUAGUCGUGUAAACGAAUCCAAGAUUUAUCAAACGGAAUCUCCAACGAUUCUUCAAAUUUUAUUAUAACAUUAUUCUAGAUUUUUUUUUAUUUACACCCUGAAGAUGGCAGGAAACCACUUAUUAAGUUUUAAAUUUAGGAAAUUACUAUUUAUUAUAAGCAAUUCGAUGUUUGUUUCAGUGUAGGGCACUCACACAAUUCCAGACCGUCGAAACAACAGAUGCAGAACCUUUGGGUUUUAGUUGUCGGGAUAGAUUUUAAAUGAGAGUAAUAUAGUGUACCAGGUUAUAUAGAUUUUUUCAAUAAUAAUUAUAAUGGUAAUAUAUAAGAUUCUAUCGGAAGAUCGGAGGCAAUUCGAAGAGAGCAGGACAGUUGUUUUUCGUUGUACAUGAUAUUAAUUGUUUAUGCCGAACCAGUAAUUUAGGAGUGUAACUAAACGAAAAGGUGAUAAAUUCGUCAAAUCUUCGUCUUAACGCCCUCGUUUUAACACGCAUCACAGUUUCACGCGCCUUCUGUAAAAACCGUCUUGUGGUAUGUGGGAAACAGAAAUGUGAUGAUCUUUUCGUAAUGUCAGAGUAAAUAUACGUCUUAUUUAAUAAUUUACAAUGUCUAUUUCAGAAAUGAGAAAGCAGAUAACAGAUAUUAGUUAAAAUGUAGUUAGGUCCAUGUUGAUGAAAUGGUAGAAAUAUUUGUUUCAAAACAUUUUUUUACCAUAACAAAUCGAGCAAUUUCCGAUAUUAAGUUUUAUAUGUCACAUAUGAAGUAUUUAAAAACUUUAUGGGUGCUGGCUGAUUCUGGUCUUAUCACCGAUUUUUUUCUGAAUUAAAAGUUUCGUUCCACUUGUACGUGCGUAACGUUGGAGUUUCGUUGGUUUAAUUUAUAAAGUAUAGGUGUUAACGAAGUAAUAUUUUAACUAACGAUAUAUUUUUGUAAUUGUCGGAUUGAGAACGUCAACGGCACAGCAAGUAGGGGCUUUUUGAGACGAGGGCAUUAAGACGAACGUUAUAUCAUUACUUGUAGGCUUUUUUCUUGUUAUUAAGAAUAAUAUACCAGGCUUAUAUAUUUGAUAAAAUCCCAAAUUGUUGCUGCAUUGUUUUUAGUGAUGAAUGUUUGUAUGUGAUGUAUUUAUUAUCAUAUAUAAAUAAUAUAAAUUAAGUUAAUGGCA